AUGGUAUGUUGAUAUUUUUAAAUAAUUUUUGUUCCUUCGCAGUCAAAAUACAUUUUUACUGGAUUUUUUCGAGUUUUCGGUUUUUUUUGCAAUCACCACAAAUUUGAUGGUGAUGAGAGUGGGGAUGCCUAUCGUAUAAUUACAAGGGUGUCAUGCCUUUAGCCUGAUUGAUUAUGAUUACUGGACGAUAAUUCAAUUUACAAGGGCCUAUAAAUAUAAUUUUUUCCAAAAAAAUACGAAGAUAAAAUUACAAAAGCGGCUAAAACACUAUUGCUGACACAGUGGCCUAACCGUCGGUAAGGCUAGGACAUAAGAAAUUUUUGAUUUUGAGAUUUUUGUUUGUAAAUGGCCACGACGAUCAUACAAAUGUAUUUCCAAAGUUUUUUGCUCCAGUUUUCCCAUUAACCUAGUUUUAUUUACAAUUUUUUGUAAAUGGCAGUAAUGCGACAUUAUAAUGUCUAAUAACUCAUAGCCAACGAUUGAUAAAGCCAUGAAACGACCGUGAUAGACGUUUCGGGAUACUAGUAAGACAAUGGAGACAAUUGCAAUCCGUCAGGAUUACUCUAAUAUGAGAAACCGGCGUUUUGGCCGCAUAUAACCCCUAUCAUAAAACGGCCAUAACUUUGCCCAAACAUAUAUUGGGUAGCUAAUUUUUCUUGUGUUGUACACUAUUUUUAAUGCUCUUUCAAACGGUAUAUGUUUCGUUAAGAAAGCAGGGUGCAACUAUUUGCCGAUCCCUUGUGAGCGCAAAGAAAUCGACAAAUACUUUCCGGCACAUUUCUCGGUACACCCUGUAUAUCUUCUGGAUCUUUUUCCGUCCAUUUCUUUUAGACAUACAGCGGCCUUAUAAUUACAACCUUAUAUUCUAGAGUUGCGUGAAAGAAAAAAUUACCUACAUAUAAGUGAUUUCAAAAUCAUUUGUAACAACUUUUAUUUACUAUAAAAAACUUUGUUUUGAGCUAAAAUAAAGAAACUCUGUAGAUUCCAAUCGGAGUUCCAAUCUAGCAGGUGGUUUUGCAGCCCAAUAUGAGUUGGCAAUAACUUCUUUAUUUCCCUGCCAAAUGUUAUCGGUUACCUUCUCCUCCCUAGCCCCUAUUUUUAAAGGACCUUUUCGGCCGAAAUUUCGUGCAACGGGGACUAGUCGACUACCAGUCUGUCGGGAAAACAACGGAGGGUCGUCGCAGCAAAAUGCGACGAACCUCGCCGCUAUCGGGCACCAAAUCCCCAGCCGCAGCUUGCAGUCGCAAAGCGAUAAUAUGCGAUUCCAAGGCGCGACGACCCGCCGCGGCGCGCCGUUAUUUUCCCGACAUUACGUCUUAUUCCGCGUCCCGCGACGAAAACAAACCACGGCCAGCUAUUUCAAAAGGAAUACGGUGGUUUUGUGUUAGGUUUUUGGAAAAAUAUUUUACUUUUUGGAUUUUUUAACGUUUUUAGUGCGUUUUUUGUAUAUCUUUGUAUACUUUGUGGUAUUUCAGGUUAAAAUGGGUUUCUCUACCAAACCUCUGAUUAUUGACGCUAAGGAUCAUAUCCUCGGUCGUCUUGCCUCCACAGUGGCGAAGCAGCUUUUGCUCGGCCAGAAGAUUAUUGUUGUGCGAUGUGAAGAGAUCAACAUUGCCGGAAACUUCCACCGUUGCAAGCUGAAGUAUCUUUCCUUCCUCAGAAAGCACUGUAAUGUGAAGCCAUCCCGAGGACCCUUCCACAAGAGAGCCCCAUGCAAGAUCUUCUACCGCACCGUUCGCGGCAUGAUUCCUCACAAAACCCCUCGAGGUAUGGCUGCCUUGAAGAACCUGAAAACCUUCGACGGAAUUCCACAGCCUUAUGACACCAAGCAGAGAGUGGUUCUCCCUUCAGCUGUCCGACACAUCGCCUUGAAGCCUCGUCGCAAAUUCAGCACCGGUAAGUCGUUCUUAUCUUUGAUUUUAGUAUUUAGAUGCUUUGAUAUUUGGAAUACAUCUCAUAGUCAGGGGUGGUCAGCGGACCCUAUUUUUCCGAUUUUCGGCCCGCGGCCCGGCCCGUCUAGUCUUUUUCCAGGCCCUGCCCGUGACGGGCCUGGCCCGGCCCGGCCCGUGCAGGCCCGUCUAUAGAGGGUUCUGCGAACUGCGCCCAGGCUCGGGAUCUAAACUGAGGCAAAAAAGGCGUUGAUCUAGCUAGUAAAGGAUCAAUGUGAUAGUUUUGUGGUUCUAUAAUGGAACUAUAGACUUGUAAACGUUUUAGAACUUGAGAAACAGCAACUAUAACAACAUAAAUUAAUUUUCCCGGCGCGAAAACAAUGAAUGCCAACAGUUUGGCAUUGUAUUUUAGACGGGCCGGGCCGGAAAAAAACCCAGGCCCGCGGCCCGGCCCGUUUGUCAAUCUCCAUUUUUGAGGCCGGCCGGCCCGUUUGGGCCGGCCCGGCCCGCUGACCACCCCUGCUCAUAGUAACUCUUAAAAAACAUUAUGUUAACCAUUUUUUGGAGCAGGAAAAUACUGGGCAGAACUUGAGCAAACUGGCCCACUCUUAAAAAAAGACUAGAAGCUUGCGCCCGAACAAUCCCGGUGCAAGAAAUGUUACGAUCAAGCUUGGGGUUAAUUAGGUUAGCGCUUAGCAGGGGUGGUCAGUGGGCAUUUUUCGGAUUUCCGGCUCGUUAAAAGACCGGCCCGUCUUUUCUUUUCUAGGCUUGGCCAGUUUUGGGCGCGAGGUGUCGGAUUUUAUUGGAAAAAGUUGCUUUAUAGAGGUACUUUGCGAACUGCUCCCCAAUCCUAGGUAAUAUAGGCGUUGAUCUUGCUGGUACGCGAUUAGUAUACUAGUUUUGUGGUUUUUAAGGUACGUCUGAAGUAUCUGGCGACUCAUAAAGUUUUAUACGGGGGCAAUCAGUUGACAGGUUUCACCGUAGAAAAUUGCUUUUACUGUUUUCUUUUUUGGUCUUGCUGCCUCUAAAGUGUCAAAAAAAGUUAUGAACUAUAAUACCUUAUUUCAGAUUUCUGUUUUUUGAAGAAAUUUCAAAUAGUGCUACAUAGGGAUAUUUCUCAACCUUAAACGUCUUGCAUUCUGUCGAAUUUCACUCUGUACAAUUUAGGUGAAUUUUUGAGUAGGCCAGUUAGCGGUAUUUUCCAAAUACUAAAAUAUCGAGAAAGUUUGUUUCGUCUUUUCUUAGCCCGAUUUUUUCCAGUGUUACUGCGUCAAUGUUCGGUACAAUAUUUUUUUCUUUUUUGCGUUAUAUGGAUUAUAAGUGCUUAUUUUUUCAGUUGGCCGAUUGUCCCAUGAGGUUGGAUGGCAAUACCAGGGAGUUAUCGCCAAGCUUGAGGAGAAGAGAAAAGUCCGAAGUGCUGCUUUCUAUGAGCAGAAGAAAGCCGAACUGAAAUUGAGAGAGAAGGCUUCAGGAAAUGUCGCCAAGAAGGUCGCCAAAUACGACGAAAUCUUGAAGCAGUACGGUCAUGCCUAA